CCUCGCCCGGCCCCUCGCCCGCCCCUCACCGGCCCCUCUCCCGGCCAAUCGCGCAGCGCCCUGUUGGCUCUGCCGGGCACCCGCAGCUCGGCCCAAGAUGGCGGCGCGCUGGCAGCGGGGCGGCCUGGCGUUGUCGCUCCUCGGCGGUGCGCUGUUGGCCUGGGGCAGCCUGCCGAUCGCCCUCGGGGAGGCGGCGGAAGGCUCGGCGGCAGCUCAGCCGCACCGCCGGUUUGAGUACAAGUACAGCUUCAAGGGGCCGCACCUGGUGCAGGCGGACGGGACGGUGCCGUUCUGGGUGCACACGGGCAAUGCCAUACCAAGUGCAGAUCAGAUUCGUAUAACAACAUCUUUGAAGAGCCAAAGAGGAUCAGUGUGGACAAAAAACAAAUCAAUAUUUGAAUACUGGGAAGUUGAAGUUACCUUCAGAGUUACAGGGAGAGGCCGCAUCGGAGCCGAUGGAUUGGCAAUCUGGUUUACAGAAGAGCAAGGCUUGGAAGGUCCUGUGUUUGGGGCAGCUGAUAAAUGGAAUGGCGUUGGAAUUUUCUUUGAUUCCUUUGACAAUGAUGGGAAGAAAAACAAUCCUGGAGUGAUUGUUGUAGGCAACAAUGGAAAACUUCUGUAUGACCAUCAGAAUGAUGGUUCCACUCAAGCAUUGGCAUCCUGUCAGAGGGACUUCCGUAACAAGCCCUAUCCUGUUCGAGUCAAGAUAACAUACUACCAAAAAACACUGACUGUAUUAAUUAAUAAUGGCUUUACUCCAGAUAAAGAAGACUAUGAAUUUUGUGCGAAAGUGGAAGAGAUGGUGUUGCCAUCACACGGAUAUUUUGGAAUAUCUGCAGCAACAGGGGGACUUGCAGAUGACCAUGAUGUCCUAUCAUUUCUGACCUUCCAGUUGACUGAGCCUGGGAAGGAAGUACCAACACCAGAUGCAGAAAUUCCUCAGAAAGAUAAAGAAAAGUAUCAAGAAGAGUUUGAACACUUUCAACAAGAAUUGGAUAAAAAGAAAGAAGAAUUUCAAAAGGAACAUCCUGAUGUGCAAGGACAGCCAGCAGCAGAUGAUCUUUUUGAAACUGAAAGUGAUCGUGAACUGAGGCAAAUCUUUGAGGGGCAGAAUCGAAUCCAUCUUGAAAUCAAACAGCUGAACAGGCAGUUGGACAUGAUUCUGGAUGAGCAGAGGAAAUACGUCUCUGCAGUCACAGAUGAGAUUGCUAAAAGAGGAGCUGGUUUUCCAGGUCAACAAGGACAGGUUACCCAGCAAGGGACUGAGACACUUGUGAAGACUCAAGAAGAGGUCAUUAGACAAAUAAGUGAAAUGAGAAAUUCCAUGGCUGAUACUCUGAGGUUGAUCACUGGAGUUCAACAUCCUGGCUCUGCUGCAGGAGUCUAUGAAACAACUCAGCACUUCAAUGACAUCAAAGAACACCUUCAUGUAGUAAAGAGGGACAUAGAGCACUUAGUACAACGAAAUACGGCAUCUAGUGAGAAACCGAAGUGUCCAGACUUGCCACCAUUUCCAUCAUGCUUAUCUACAGUGCACUUCUUCAUAUUUGUAGUGGUGCAAACAGUGUUGUUCAUUGGUUAUAUCAUGUAUAGGACUCAACAAGAAGCAGCAGCCAAAAAGUUCUUUUGAUGACCCGUUCCUUUGUGUGUACAUGGCAGCAGUGUGUACACACAGCAAACUAUACACUUCUGUAAAUGAGGGAAAUUUUAGUGUUUGAUAUACUUCAAUACUGUAAAUUAUUGAAUUUUGUUAAAUGAAAGGACUUCUCACUUAAACUGUUAAUGCUAAAGUUAAAAACAGACUGGGGAGAAACAGAGCAAAUGCUGGAUAGGGGGAGACUGCAGAGCCUGUCUAGGUCUUAGUUUUCAUUUAACUUUCUCAUAAAUACUGUCAGGCAAACGUCCACAAUGCCUCUUCUUUUGUCACAGUUCAGAGCAGGGACCUGAAACACCUUGUUGUUGAUCAUGAGAAUUGAGAAUUGUAGAUGGAUGAUUUGUGCAGAAAGCUUUCCACUAAGUGUCCUGACAUAUCACUUAAAAACCCCUAGACAAUAACAAACAAAAUACAAGCACACACCCACCAACAACCCCUCUGUUUUGUGUUUUUUUGUGUUUGUGUUUGUUUUUUUGGGGGGGGGGCUGUGUGUGUAAAAAAAAAUUAUGAACAUGUCAUUUCUCUUUACCAUUUGGAUUUAGCAGUUUAAGAUUUUUUUAAUUAAUUGUAAUGCUUCAUGAAAUAUAAACACUUUUUUGUAUGUGGACACAAAGACAGACCUGUUAUCAGCCUGACUGUUGAUACCUGAUACAGAUAUCAAACUAUACAGAAGAAGCAAAUAAAAUCUUAUUUCCUUAUUUUGGGUUUUGGUUUAGGCAGUGAGAGAAAACAUGAUAAAGUAAUUUCCUCUAAUGUAUUGUCGGACUGAUUUAUGUUUUUGUAGUUUCAAGUCUGUGAUUUUGUCUGGAAAUUUGUGGAACUUUCCCAGAAAAUAUACCAUUGCUUUUAUACCUCUUCAAAUAUGAUUUCAUUAAGGGUGUGUUUAGUUUAUGAAUAUGUCUUUAUAUUGUAAAGCUGUCACGUGUCUUUCACUAUCAAAUACAGAUGCUUUGAUUGAAAUCUUGACAAGUAUUCUAAACUACAGGUAUUGAGUGUUAGCCCAUUUCUUCACAAGCUGUUGCCUCAGAUGCAUUUGUUAAUCCAGCAGCUGUUGUAGGAGUAUGAUGUGAUGAUUGCUGCUUUAAUAUCAAAAGCAUAAGACUAAACAGGUGUUUCUGAUACUGCUUAUCAGGUGAACAUUAGCUUCGGAAACAAAGCAGAAAGCCCAAACUAGGAAUGUGAAAUGAAUUAAUUUUGUCUUGUUUACAUAUCUGUGGUAAUUUUGUCCUUGAGUUGUCUGUGUGUAGAGUUAGAAUAGGAGUUCUUGGUUGUUUAAAAUUCCAUAGUAUGCAUGAAUGUAUCAGACAGUUUCACUUUUAAUUAUUAAUCUUUUUGUCUGAAUCUGCAAAAAUUACCUGGAAUCUAGCAUACUACUACUGCAUUCCUACAGUUAACUCCCCUGGAGUGCAACACAUGCUGCCAAAUUUGCUGUAAUGAAGAACACUUCAGUAUUGUGCCUUUCAGUUUGGAGAGAUGAUAAAUCUAUGCAAUACAUUUUGUUACAUAAAAUAGUGUCCAAAAAGUGAAUGUCUGUACUGUAUCAAUAAAAUGAUAGUACCUACAGACCUAUUUACAUAGCUACAGUACGUAGUGUACCAUAAGUGGUACAGCUUUAUGGAUUGAUUUCUAAAUUUUAGAAGAUUUUGCUGUACUAAUUGGAGAAACUACUGCCUCAAGCUAAUCUUGCUGGGUAGAUCAAUGAAACAACAACUUCAGAUAAUCCAGAAUAACACAUAGGAAUUUAUCCAUUCAGUUAACACCAGCAAAUAUUUACAGGUGCCUUGAGUCUAAGCUAUUCCACCCCUGACUCUUAAAUUGUUCUGAAAAUUUACAGUGCUGUUCCUUUCCAUUGCAAGCCUUUCUGCAUCAGUGUGACACCUAAAUAGAGUUCCCCCCACUCUCAGUUGGCUUUGCAAGACCCUUUCUUUAUGAUGAAAUGAUAGCAAUUGUAUUUCGAUAGGCAGGAGCAUGUAUCUGGCAUAAUGAGGAACAGAUCUGAUAGAUCAGUUGGAGGAAGACUGUAUUCCUUGUUACUCUGAAUUUACCCAACCAUAACUUUGUUUUCAAGCUGGAGCAGCCCAUAUGUUUGUAUCUUCUGUUAGAAAGAACACUGGGGAUGAUGUCUAGGGGAAAACUUGACCCUACAAGUCUGUCUUCACUAUGAGGCUCAGCAUGUGUGCUCAUGCUAUUAACAGACCUGCCAGACCUCCCAUGUGCAACUAGGAAACCCUUGUCCAGGGGAGCAGGUCAAAAGCAUAAGCUCAAAAAAAAAAGUAACCUGGCUUCAUUUCACAGUUGUCUCUUUGGAACUUCCAGAAUUACUUCGUCACCCACUGGAUCAGAGGAGAGCUCUCAGUUGCCCAGCUCAGAUUUUGUCUGGUUUGUUCCUCAAGUGAUAGCAGCAAGUUUGGACUUCAAGAAACAUUUGACAGUGUAGCCACCUGUUAUGUCUGGCUACUAGAAGUUUCAGCACUGACAGCAUGUUUGAUUCUUAUUAGUACGAUUUCAGGACUAGAAGGAGAAAGAAACUUGGAAAUCAGUCUGACAAUCAAUCAGUCUAAUCAAUCUGUUAGAACAAGUCUAACAAUUAUAUUUGAAGUGUGGAUGAUAAGCAAAUAUUUGGCAGUGACAGAGUCUCACUGUAUGGGUCAGUGUAUACAUGGUCAAACCUGAAUCUUUCAGAAGUGAAAUUACGGUUUGUAAAUGACUGAGCUUCCUGUUUAAAGAAAAUUUGGCAUUUAUCAAUGCAUCAGUUACUGUAACACUGAAGACUGCCUACUGUUUCUUUUUAAAUUCAAACAGCUGACAUUUUCAUGUUUGUUUCUAAUGUAAAUUGACACUUGGAGUUCAGAAAUAACCUUAUUUGAAUAAAGAUGCAUAUUUUUAGUAA